CUCGUGAGUCAUCCUCAACGAAUUUUUGGCAAUGUUCUCUGGGCCCUUCGUCGUCGUGUCCUUUUCGAAUACGCUUGACGCACGAAGAUUACUCGAAUAGUUGCUUCUCGGGGAAUCUUCCCUCAACAUUCGAUCACAGCCCCUGCAGGGAAAACUGAGCCUUUUCAGAUAAUGUUUGUGUGGAGCUCUUAAGGCUAAUCACCUUAACACUACUUUUUGUACAGCUUUAAAGUCUAGUUCUAUCUAGUUCUAACCUAGAAACUACGAAAAGCCCUUAUUGUGUAGGUAUUUGUGUGGGCGGAAGGUAAUUUGGUAGUCUGCUUACAUUAUCCGAAAAGGCUCAGUUUUCCCUGCAGGGGCUGUGGAUGAAGGAAGCAGGAGCCUAGGAGUCGUAAUUGGAGGAAGCGAGGCCGCCAAGGAGCUUUCCGGAGCUGUUGGCGAUGCCCUAUCUCCUCGCCUGCACUCUCGUCAUCAAAUGGUGCAUCCUACGAACGAGAGGGAAGAGCUUUGCAGAGCACAUCUCAGCCUUUCGAAUCCGUAGACCCACUCUGAAGUGUCUAAUCAACACGAGCGGAACCGGGUUAUGCAGCAUGAACGAGCAUGUUGGAAACGAUCGACGAGGAAAAGUAAACCUUUUGACGGUAAUGAAAGCAAAUAUGGAGCGAUAGCACCACGUUUGUUUCAGGCUUGUAUGUAUGCCAAAGCUUGUCGUAUCUUUGCUGUAGGCAAGCGGGAAGCUCUGGUGAGUAUGCAGC